CACAAGCCGUGAUUGUUUUUAAAGUGGUAUUUCACUCAGUGGACAGGCUGGAUGCAGUAAAAAAAAAAAAUAUGACAAGAACCUCCUGUCACCAAGCUGCAAACUGGCAUGCCGCCACCUCCACCACCACCACCAGUCACAGCCAUGCAGUCACCUCCACCACCAGUUACAGCCAUGCAUCCACCUCCACCACCAGUCUUCAGGCAGCAACAUGGACAUUAUGCUCCCAGGCAUCAUCAGGGUUGGAUUGCCUCUGUUGAGGACACAGAAGUGAUGCCACCACCAUUGGCAUACGACCCAUGGCAAGAUACCUGGCCUGAGGAACAUCCUUUUGGCUUUGAGGGGGAGCCAAGUCAGCCAUGAAGUGUCAAUGUCUUUACCCCCCCCCCCCCCCAACACAAUAUCAGGACAGUCAUGGCUUUUCCACACUGGGGAUGCCGCAAGGUAUGCAAAGUGGACAGGCUGAGUGGUCACACACUAGUCAUCAAUGGGACUACCAAUCCAGCAUGAGAGCUCCACCAUCUGCUUCCCUUGGGAGAGCUCCACCAUCCGCUUCCCUUGGGAGAGCUCCAUCAUCCGCUUCCCUUGGGAGAGCUCCACCAUCCUCAGAUGAGCAUAUAGCUGAGGUUGUCCCUGAAGCACCAGCAGCUGAGGUUGUCCCUGAAGCACCAGCAGCUGAGGUUGUCCCUGAAGCACCAGCAGCUGAAGUUAUCCAUGAAGCACCAGCAACUGAAGUUAUCCAUGAAGCAGAUGCAGCUGAAGUUGUCCAAGAUGCACCAGCAGAUAGAGCAGAACCUGCACCUAGAAUCACUGCUGCUCAAGAGCCUGUAGAUCCACUGUAUUCUCCCCUGGGAGAGGAAUACAUUUCACUCCAGAGGAGGCUGAUAACAAGCUGCAAAAGCAUUCAAAGAGGCCAACAGAGGUUUCAUAGGAGCCAAGAGAGGCUACUCAAGCGUAGCAUCGAGCUGCAGAGGGACAUUGCAGCCUCAUUAAAUGGAAUUGUCCAAAAUCAGUCUCAGAUGAUGAGAAUCCAGUCUGAUAUGCAGAUGGACAAUAGAUGGCGGGAACAAAACCAACUCUUGGGUGUGUUGGUUGAGCACUUCACACACCAGCAGGACACUGCCUCCAGCCUUUCAUCUGUGGCCAGCACUCCAGCAGAAUCAUCUGAAGCUUCCCAAACCAGGAGAACCAGGAAAUCCACUCCAGUCACCUCUGCCCCCUCAUCCAAGAAGCCGGAAAAAAAAUAAUAGUCUUAUAGUUCACCAUAAAUCUUGUCCUCUGUUUUUUACCAUAUAAUUGUCAUCCACAUCCAUGUGAGGGGUAUUUUAGUACACUAAUAUUGUUAAAACAUAAAAUAAGGCCUGUGGGGAAAUGGCCCAAAAAAGGUAAUAUUAUCCUGUUUCUAACAUAUUCUUGUACUAUAACUCCCAUCCACAAUAGUUGUUUCUUAAGGGUACAUAUAGUAAUAUUCACUUGUAAGAUGUAAAUCAAUGUAUCUCACAUCCAAUAUAAAUUGACCCAUUGGUAUAUAUAGUAGUGAUGUUACUGAUAGGGUGGGCAUUAUCAGGUGUUUUAAGUCUGCAGGUAAGAGGUUGUGGUGUGUGUGAUUGGUUUAACACAAUUGCAAAGAGGCAGCCUUCAAGAAGGUGUUAUAAAUGAUCAUAUGAGCCAUCCUAGGUUUUGCUUUCAACUAAGAAUACCAAGAGAACAAAGCAAGUGUUCAAAUUAAACAUGGCCUAUUUAAAAGAAAAA